AUGGCCUUCCGAGGUGAUGCGCGAGGACGUGGCGGAUUCCGAGGUGGUGAUAGAGGAAGAGGAUCAUUUGGUGGAAGAGGUGGAGGGCGAGGUAGCUUUCAACAACAGAGCUUUGGACCGCCUGCCCAAGUGUUCGAAAUGGGCACGUUCAUGCACGCCACCGAGGGUGAGAUGGUCUGCGAGUCCAUCAACGCAAAGAUACCCUUUUUCAACGCCCCCAUAUACCUCGAGAACAAGACUACCAUAGGAAAGGUGGACGAGAUCCUCGGUCCCAUCAACCAAGUCUACUUCACGAUCAAGCCGCAGGAGGGCAUUCAGGCUACGUCGUUCAAGAAGGGUGACAAGUUCUACAUUGGAGGAGACAAGCUACUACCCUUGGAGAAAUUCUUGCCCAAACCCAAACCGCCGCCAGGUGCGGCAAAAGUCAGGAAGCCAGCAGGAGCACAAGGAGGGAUGAGAGGGGCAAGAGGAGGUGGCCGGGGACGAGGUGCACCUGGCCGGGGGGCGCCCAGAGGCAGAGGAUCUUUCGGCGGUGGUGGUCGAGGUGCUCCCAGAGGGGGAGGUCGUGGAGGAGCUCCAGGCGGACGAGGUGCUUCACGAGGUGGCGGAUUUGGCUCAAGAGGCCGCGGCAGAUGGUGA